GAUGAAGAUGCCAGGGCCGUCCACGAUGGACAUGAUGCUUCUGCACCAGCACAGCUGUUGUUAAGUGUGCCAAUGGAGCACCGGUUAUGGAUUGACAAUCCAUCUCGAUUUCCUCAAAUGCGGCAGAAGAUGAAGAUGCCAGGGCCGUCCACGAUGGACAUGAUGCUUCUGCCGAUGCGCCCUGUAAUGGGAAUGGCCAAAAAACACUCUGUCCAGGAGAAUGCGCAUUUGUGGGCGGGAGAGACAGAUGAAGACCGCGACGAACGUGGGGAGGACCGUGGACGCCCUCCUCUACUCCAUCGGGUCCUCCCGCUCGUCCCCGGGAAUUCGGUGAAAUUGGGCGAAGAACAGGGUCUGAGACGCAAGGCCGACAAUCCCCCAGGUCACCGUUUCGUCAAUCACGUUCUGAUGUUUGCAGUACGUGCUUGCGGUCGCAUCGGUGCUCCUCCAAGUCGAAGUUCGGGAAUACCGAGGGGCCUGAGAAGGGAACGAUCCAACGGGAGAAUGGAAGUGGAAUAUCCAGGGAAAUAUCCCUGGAUGGUGGUGCUGAGUCUGGUCCAAGACCUUCCAACCCAGUGUGUGGGGACGCUCAUCACAGACCGACAUGUCCUCACUUCUGCUCACUGCUUCCAAUCAUCCACCGAAUCUCUUGUGGUGGUGACGUUGGGCGAACACGACAUGAAGACGACCUCGGAGGCGACGACCACGACGCAGACGGUCCCCUGGGAGAACGUCAUCCGCCAUCCCCAUUACGACGCGUCGACGCCGGAGAACGACAUCGCCCUGGUGAGACUGGACACCCCGGUGAACUGGGAGGAAUUCCCAAACGUCCGGCCCGUGUGCCUGGCGAACACUUCCCCGGAUCCUUCGGCUAAGGCGGUGGUUGCAUGGUGGGAAUGGCGCGACGUGCUGUUGGAAGCGAAAUUGGAAGUACUACCGGACUCGACGUGCAGCAAGAAAUGGCCGGAUCCCUUCAUCGCCACCACAUUCUGCGCCCUGGGAAUCGAUCGUACUUGUCACGGUGUUUUCGAGGAACCGGUGAUGAUCCAAAACGAAGUAGGUAUCUUCGAGCAGUUUGGAAUCCCAAUGAAACGCACAUGCCGCGAACACGAGCCUGGGUUUUACAUCAAAGUAGCCGGUUUCCUCCGUGACUUCAUCCAGCCGAACACGCAGGAUGCAAUCUGGUGUCCUCCCGAGUAG